UGCACGUGCAGAAGAACUUGUGUGAGACCGAAGGAUCCGAUCGGUGGUAGAUUUUGACCAAAAAGUCAGUUUCAGGUUUACAGAAUGGACUGGCUAUCAGUUAUUGUUAUGCUUUUGGUGGUGGGUAUGAUUGUCCAGUGUGUGCGAUUAUUUCUCUCAGACUGUGACUUAGAACUUCAAUGGGCAGAAAAGUUUGGAUAUGCAACAGGUACACUGAAAGAUAAGGUGGUUUGGAUCACUGGAGCCUCUAGUGGUAUAGGGGAGUCUCUGGCUUAUAGACUAGCUGCUGAUGGUUGUAGUCUGGUGCUGUCUGCCAGGAGAGAGGAAAGGUUACAGCAGGUCAAGCAGAACAUCAUAGAUCGUGGAUACUUGAAGAAAGAAAAUAUACUGGUCCUCCCACUGGAUUUGCUUGAUCUAAAGUCUCAUUCUGAUGCAGUAGAAACAGUUUUGAAAUAUUUUAAGAAGAUUGACAUAUUGGUGAACAAUGCUGGUCGAUCCCAGAGGUCCCUGAUUGAGCGAUGCCCAGUCGAAGUGGACAGACAAGUUUUCGAGAUUAAUACACUCAGUCCCAUAUCACUGACCAAAGCUGUCCUUCCACACUUCAUGGAGAGAAUAGCUGGACAUGUUGUUUUUACAAGUAGCAUAGCAGGAAAAAUUGGAUCACCUGGUUUGGGAUCCUAUGCCUGUUCUAAACAUGCACUUCAGGGCUGGCUGGAUGCCCUGAGGACCGAGAUGUACCCCUACAAUAUAAAUGUAACCUCUGUAUGUCCAGGACCUGUGUUCUCAGAAGCCCUGGUUCACGCUUUUACAGAUAAAAUAGAUACAUCCCUGGGAGUCACUAUGGAUCCCCGGGAGAAGAGGAUGAGUUCUGAGAGGUGUGCCACACUGAUGGCCGUCGCCAUGGCAAACAGACUGGACGAGGUGUGGAUCUCACCUCACCCUGAACUAUUUUAUGUGUAUCUCUUCCAGUUCCUUCCAUCAACAGCCAAAAGAAUUGCUAAAGUGCUUGGACAGGACAGAGUUGAUAAAAUAAAAAGUGGCAGUGCCUCUCUACAUAAAACCAAGUAAACACAGACUGUGAUAAAAAGUGAUAAUAACAUGUACGUCAACAAUAUAUUUUUGUCAUUUACUUAUGAACUCUGUUGUGAAUUUAAUUUCUAUCACAUGACAUUUUAAAAGUGAAAUUGUUUUAAUUUGUUUCUCAGGAAAAAAUAAA